UUGGCGCCCGUUCUCAGUUGUGUUUUUUUUUUGUUUUUAAGCGGCUUGUUGCAUUUUUCCCUUUUACAACUUACAUACUUUUGUUUGAGCAAUCAAAAGUCAACAUAAUUCGUAUCAAAAUGUUUAGUGAAAGGGCAAAUUUCAUUGGUCUAUGUAUUUUGCUUAUUGUCGUGAGAGCUACGUAUUCGGUCUUAUCAAGUUCGGAGGGUUCUAACGGUGCCUUUGGAAUUUCCUAUGAUGAAAGGGGCAUCGCUAAAGUAUCCGUUUCGAAUAAAUAAUACUCGGUUCGUUCAUAACGAUUCCAAAUUUGAUUUUGGUUGAGAGGUCCUGCAAAGCCUCCUAGUGUAGAUUAUAUUUCAAAAUUUAUUUUAAAAUCGCAACCUCAUUUUGGACGCCCAGAAUACCAAGAAGUUCUAAUAUUACUCAUUCGUUAGUCCCCCCCUACAUAACCGGUGUUUUUGUGAUUCACAAAGAAUAAAGAAGAGUGCAUUCAGUGUGGUGUAGUGUCCAGCUGUAGACCCAGUUCCAGUUAGCCCGGUGAAAUAUGUCCAGAAAUAGGGCCGCCAUGGUCAGCGCCUUCCGGCUGUUCCUGCGACCCUCGACCACCACCUAUAGAAGUCUCGCCCUCCGUGUGGCCCCCGUCACGACCUUUGCCCUGCACUUACGGCCAGGUCAUGAGCUCCAGCAGCACAGAAGCUUUUCUUCCACGGCGGACGAUGACGAAACGAGCGGUGGCAAAAAGUCGGACAAGCAUAAAAAACCGACGACGGGAGAUAUCACGCGACUCACUUUGACCGAGCUGAGGACGCGGCUAAGAGCCCUCGGACUGAGUGCAACGGGCCGAAAACAAGCCCUAGUCGAACGGCUAGCAACCUCUACAGACUGCAGUCCAGCGAGAGUACCAACAACAGGUUCCAAUUUGUCGUCGGAGGCGUUCAGUGGGGAGAUCGUAAAUAACUCCGGCACGACCCCUGCCCCCAAAAACACUGUUCUACAAAAUGACGACAUCUAUGUGGAAUACGUGAAUGGUAUGCCACAUAUGACUGUUCGGCUUCCCAGUCGCAAUGAACUCUGCCAGUUCGCCCUGAAACCAAUCUCCCACAACGUUGGCGACCUGCUGGCCAUGCUCAAAGCUGAGGACCGCGGCAUCGAUCGAGCUGCGGUGAUCAACAGGCACGGAGUGCGAAUCGCUUCAUCCUGCACCAUCGACAGCUUGCUGGAUGACUCCUUUAGCAUACAAAUCAACAAUCGCACACUGGAGGUCAUUCCACCGAAACGUGAGAGGAUCACAGUGGAAUCAGUGGACAAAGUGGGCGAUGUGCGCAAGGUUAUUGCUCAGCUCUACGAGGCAUUCAAUGUGGGUGAAUAUCAGCUGGAGAAGAGCAAUCAACUUGCCAAAGAACUGGAGACCUUACGCUACGAACUCGAGCCACUGGAAGAGAAAAAACUAGAACUGAGCAAAAAGGCAGCUCGUCGAACAAACUUUAUGACUUGGAUGGGUUUAGGUUUAAUGUCUGUGCAAUUUGGCAUCCUGGCGCGUCUGACUUGGUGGGAAUACUCUUGGGAUAUUAUGGAGCCCGUCACCUAUUUUGUUACCUACGGAACGACAAUGGCAAUGUAUGCCUACUACUGUGUUACCAAGAGGGAAUACAUGAUGGAGGACGUGAAGAACCGCGAGUACUCGCUCACCCUCUAUAGAAACGCCAAGAAGAUGCAGUUUGAUGUGGAGCACUACAACAAUCUGAAGCGGAAGUCGGCGGAGUUGGAGUACAAUCUCAGGAGGAUCAACGAUCCACUCAAUAUGCAAUUGCCAUCGCAUCUGGUACGCACCCAGGAAAAUACGCCACCAACCCUAAUUGAGGAAAAGACGGAGCGGAAAUAAACUUAAGGGCUUCUCAGAAAUCAGUUACUUGACAGGGGAAUAUGGAAACUCAAACUAAUUUUAACUUCCUCAAACUAGAAACGAAUAAAAGUCCGCCUUUUAGCUAAAGAAGUUCAGGUGAUCGAAAUGUUGUAGUCAACGUUUGAAAUGUUUUGGUGGACGCAUCACAUAUUGUUUAAACUCAACUUUAGUUUUUCUCUUUAUGUUAAUUAAAAUGUUUUAGUUGUUUAUUUUACAAUUAAUUAGCCUAAGCCAAAGUUUGACGAUUUGCAAAAACGCACAAGGUUAUUCUGACGCCUGCAGUUUUAAAGCUGAUAGCAUUAUUUUCUGUUUAAUUUUUAGUUAUUUAUUGCAAUGAGAGAUUUGUUUUACGCCUAAGGAAAAUGUGUGUGCAAGUUUUAGCAAAAUAUAUGAAUUAUUUAUUGACUAUUA